GAGGAGGCCGAGGCCAGCGACAGCCCCGCCGCGCCCGCUGCCCCUCAGGGCGUCCUCGGCGGCCGACGGCCCGCGGCCUCGGCUGUCGCUCCGAGCCGGAGGCGGACUUCAACACUAAAACCCCACGAUGUCCCUGAAACCAAGAGUGGUGGAUUUUGAUGAAACAUGGAACAAACUCUUAGCGACAAUCAAAGCUGUAGUCAUGUUGGAUUACGUGGAAAGAGCAACAUGGAAUGAUCGCUUCUCGGACAUCUAUGCUUUAUGUGUGGCCUAUCCAGAACCGCUUGGGGAAAGGCUUUAUGCAGAGACUAAAGUUUUUUUGGAAAAUCAUGUUCGUCAUUUGCAUGAGAAAGUUCUGGAGUCUGAAGAACAAGUUCUGGUGAUGUAUCACAGGUACUGGGAAGAAUAUAGCAAAGGGGCAGACUAUAUGGACUGUUUAUACAGGUAUCUCAAUACCCAAUUUAUUAAAAAAAACAAAUUGACAGAAGCUGAUCUUCAGUAUGGCUAUGGUGGUGUAGAUACAAAUGAACCACUUAUGGAAAUUGGAGAGCUAGCACUUGAUAUGUGGAGGAAAUUGAUGAUUGAACCACUCCAAGCCGUCCUCAUUCGAAUGCUCCUCCGAGAAAUAAAAAACGAUCGCUGUGGAGAAGACCCAAAUCAGAAAGUAAUCCAUGGGGUUAUUAACUCCUUUGUUCAUGUUGAACAGUAUAAGAAAAAAUUCCCCCUAAAGUUUUAUCAGGAAAUUUUUGAGUGCCCUUUUCUGACUGAAACAGGGGAGUAUUACAAACAAGAAGCUUCAAAUUUGUUACAAGAAUCACACUGCUCUCAGUAUAUGGAAAAGGUACUAGGUAGAUUAAAAGAUGAAGAAAUGCGAUGUCGGAAGUACUUACACCCAAGUUCUUAUAGUAAAGUAAUUCAUGAAUGCCAGCAGCGCAUGGUGGCAGACCACUUACAGUUCUUACAUGCAGAAUGCCAUAACAUCAUCCGACAAGAGAAAAGAAAUGACAUGGCAAAUAUGUACACCUUGCUUCGUGCUGUGUCAAGUGGUUUACCUCAUAUGAUUCAGGAACUUCAAAAUCAUAUCCAUGAUGAGGGCCUUAGAGCAACCAGCAAUCUUUCUCAGGAAAAUAUGCCAACUCAAUUUGUGGAAUCUGUUUUGGAGGUGCAUAGUAAAUUUGUUCAACUUAUCAACACUGUUUUGAAUGGGGAUCAGCACUUUAUGAGUGCCCUGGAUAAGGCUCUGACUUCAGUAGUAAACUAUAGAGAACCCAAGUCUAUUUGCAAAGCCCCUGAACUGCUGGCCAAAUACUGUGACAACCUGCUAAAGAAAUCAGCAAAAGGAAUGACAGAAAAUGAAGUGGAAGAUAAACUCACAAGCUUCAUUACAGUUUUCAAAUACAUUGAUGAUAAGGAUGUUUUUCAGAAGUUUUAUGCCAGAAUGUUGGCCAAACGUUUAAUUCAUGGUUUGUCUAUGUCUAUGGACUCAGAAGAAGCUAUGAUCAAUAAACUAAAGCAAGCCUGUGGUUAUGAGUUUACCAGCAAACUCCAUCGAAUGUAUACAGAUAUGAGUGUCAGUGCGGAUCUCAACAACAAAUUCAACAAUUUUAUCAAAAACCAGGACACCACAAUAGAUUUGGGAAUUAGCUUUCAGAUAUAUGUCCUUCAGGCCGGGGCGUGGCCCCUCACUCAGGCUCCUUCGUCUACGUUUGCAAUCCCUCAGGAACUGGAAAAAAGUGUACAGAUGAGCCCUGUUAGGCAAGUAGGGAGCGUUCUUCAGCCACGCACGCCCACCGCAUUUGGGAAAAAACUGCUUGUGUACGUGUACAUGGAACAGUUUGAAUUAUUUUACAGUCAGCAUUUCAGUGGAAGAAAGCUUACCUGGUUACAUUAUCUCUGUACAGGUGAAGUAAAAAUGAAUUAUUUGUGCAAACCGUAUGUAGCCAUGGUCACAACAUACCAAAUGGCAGUACUUCUGGCCUUUAACAACAGUGAAACCAUUAGCUACAAAGAGCUUCAAGACAGCACCCAAAUGAAUGAAAAGGAACUGACAAAAACAAUCAAAUCAUUACUUGAUGUGAAAAUGAUUAACCAUGAUUCAGAAAAGGAAGACAUAGAUGCAGAGUCAACUUUUUCAUUAAAUAUGAAUUUCAGCAGUAAAAGAACAAAAUUUAAAAUUACCACAUCAAUGCAGAAAGACACACCACAGGAAAUGGAACAGACCAGAAGUGCUGUUGAUGAGGACAGGAAAAUGUAUCUCCAAGCUGCUAUAGUCCGCAUCAUGAAAGCACGAAAAGUACUACGACAUAAUGCUCUUAUUCAGGAGGUAAUUAGCCAGUCAAGAGCUAGAUUUAAUCCAAGUAUCAGCAUGAUUAAGAAGUGUAUUGAAGUUCUGAUAGACAAACAGUACAUUGAAAGGAGCCAGGCGUCAGCAGACGAAUACAGUUACGUAGCAUGAUGUUGCCCCUCUGCAGGUGUGGUCGCAAGGAGAUCAUUGCCGUCACUGUUUGGUGUGUUCCCGUGGGGAAGAAGCGGGCCUGUGCCUCCAUAAUUGGUCACUUGGCAGUCCCUGUUUUUCUGCUGUUUACAACAUCACCAGUGCCACGUCAUGAGCGUCAAUGAAAAUGCCUAUAGAUAUUUCAAGCUCAUGUCAUUAUGACAUUUCUUAAAACUUUACUAAAAGAAUGAGUGAAGUAUUGCUGAAAUGUGGAAAUUUGGUUGGGUACCAUGCUUCCCCCCUUUCCCCCCUUCACGUUUGCAGUUGAUGUGUUGUUUUUUUUUUAAUGUAUCUUAAAGGACAUAAAGUAAAAAACCUAAAUAUUGUAAUAUGACAGAUAACCUAAUAAUUGUAUCUACAUUAAAAUGUAAAAAAUGACAAACAUGAUAUUGCUGCUUGUCAAAUAAAAAAAAAUAAAGAAAUGGAAUGCCUCUAU